AUGGGAGGGCUAAAAUCUAUAUAAGACCGAUGAUUAAGUGGUCAGCGUUAGUCCGAAAUUAGUUUUUCGCCAUGAAGGUUGCCCAAAGCUUCGUUCUACUAUGGAUUUGCCUGAUAGCUACGUGCGAGUUGCCUGGCUGCCUUGCCCAAGACUCUUGCAUGACGAAGAACAAUGUGACCAGCGCCGAACUGGAGGCCAUUUCACCAUCCACUCCCAUUUCUGAUGUUUCCUUGGCUGUCAAAUGCUACAGCAGGUGUGUGCUCGAUGAGUACAUCGGCGAUGAUGGGAGGAUCGAUCUGGAGAAGGUGGGAAGUCGAGGAAACAAACAGGAGCAUAUUAUUCUCGCCCAGUGUAAGCAGCGAUACGAUGACGUCACCGAUCGGCUCGGAUGCGACUAUUCAUUUCUGAUGCUCCGGUGUUUGUUUAAGAGCCCAACGAGCGAAACUCGACCAAUUAACCUUAUAUAAAUACGUAUAUGAAAAACGCGAAGGUUACAAUAUACUAUAUAUAUUCCAUAUACAUCAUUCGCUGAUAACAACUUAAUUCGUUGAAAUUAUUAAUCACAUUAGAGGCUUAUUGAUAUUGUUAAAAAUACAAUAAUA